AUGGAUGAUUCAACUUCAGAUUCUCAGGUGAACCAGAGCGAAGUGGAUUUUGAAACUAAAUCCAAUGAAAUUCCUGAGAUAUUCGGGUGUAGAUCAGUAAUAUUUGGGUUUGAUGACCAGUUUGUCCCCAAUGUUGGGAUGACUUUUAAAACCCUUGAUGAUGCUGCAAAAUUCUACAAGGAUUAUUCAAAGGAUGUUGGUAUUUGGAUCAUUUCGAAGGUCGUGUUGCAUCAUUCACAUCCUUGCUGUCCAGAUCAAGCACAGAUGCUCCAACAGCACAGGAAACUAAGCAUGUCCGUGCGUCGUACAAUAGAGAAUAACGAGGAAGCUGGUAUCAGACCUAGCAAAACUUUUCAAUCAUUUGUUGCAAUAGCCGGGGGUCACCGUGAGUUAAAUUUUAUCGAAAAAGACGUGAGGAAUUACAUCACUAGAGAAGUGCGGAAUGUUUCGGAACAAGAGGAUGCAAAAGAAUUCGGGAAAUACUUAUUAAGAAUGAAAGAGAAGAAUCAGAAUUUCUUUUUCGAGCUCGAACUCGAGGACGAUCAGUCCAUUAAGCUUGCUUUUUGGGCAGAUGCAAGGAGCAUAGUUGCUUGUGAGUAUAUUGGAGAUGUUAUUUCAUUUGACACCACCUACAAUACAAACAGGUAUAAUCUGGUUUGUGGUUCUUUUGUUGGGGUGAAUCACCACGGUCAGUCAACACUUCUUGGAUUUGAUUUGAUGAAAAAUGAAGAUAUUGAAUCAUUCAAAUGGUUAUUUCAAUGUUGGCUUCCUUGCAUGGGAGGAAAUGCUCUGAAAGGAAUACUCACCGAUCAAUGUGCAUCAAUGCAAAGGGCUAUCGAGACUUGUAUGCCCACAAUAAUUUACUAUUGGUGUAUUUGGCACAUCAUAACGAAGAUUCCAAGUAAAUUAAAUGGAUACAAUGGACAUACAGAAAUCCAACAAGAAAUUAGCCAAGUUGUUUGGAACUCUCAUACCAAAGAAUCAUUUGAUAAGAAUUGGGAUGAUUUUCUGUUGAAGUAUGGUCUUGUGGACAACAAGUGGCUUUCAGAAUUGGAGGAACUAACUGCCAUUCUGCAUCGUGCCUAUGAUAAAGUCAUGGUUGCGAUGGAAGAACUGAAAGUCAAAAGGAAGGGGACAUUUAAACCCUUUGAUGCUGCAUCGGUGGUGCGUCAAAAUUCAAACCAAUAUCAUGGACAUGUUAUGAAUUAUCAGUUCAGCAAACCAGCAGCAGGGGAUAGUUUUUUGGGUGUAUAG